AUGCACAGGAAGACGAAGACGGUGAUGACGAUGAAUAAGGAGCUGCAUCUCAGGAGUGAUACUACAAGAACAUUAUCUAUCAAGGAAGAAAGGGGGACCUCAAGGGAUGUACAGAGUCAUUGAUGAGCAGUGCACAAGAACAAGCCUUCAUAACUAACUGUGUCAAGUUCCAAACCGUGACAAAAACUUAAAAUCACCUAUCUGUAGAAUGUGCGGAAGGAAAGGAGAAAGUAACCUAAGUAGUGAAUACAGCAAGCAAGCGACAUGACAAUGAUAUAUGUGGCACGGUAUCUGCACUUGCAACUACGUGGGAAGGUCGAACUGGAGAGGGCAAAUAAUUGCUACAAACAUACCCCAGAGCGAGUGGUAGAAAGUGAGGGUUUCAGAGUACUGCGGGAUUUCGUUAAUGGACAGGGUGUUAAGGGUUGUUGAAGGUAGAAGGCCGGACAUCAUCUUCCUUGAUGAGCAGGCAAGGGAGGCCAAGAUCAUCGACAUCGUUAACCCUGGAGAUGGACAAGUAAAAGACAAAGAACUAGAGAAAAAAGAGAAGUCCCAAAUUCUUCGGAAAAACUUAGGAAAGCUGUGA